CUAUGAUUAAUGACAUUAUUGUUUAUUGCUUAGAGGAACUUGCCUUAGACGGUGAUAUAGGUUGUGAUCUUGAUAGAUUAUGGGAAUUUGUACAGAAUUUUUUCGAUCAACGCUUAAGAGAUAGGAAAGUUCACUCUAUUGAGACCGGAUCCUCUACACAACCAUCUGAAUGUUCAAUAUCCUGCUUAGAUGAUUUAUACAAAUCAUACUUUUGGUCACAAUUUGUGGACUCUAAAGUAUUAGUUUUUUUCCUUUCAAAUGCAAACGCAAAUGAUGAAUCAACCAUAGAUGCAGGAAUGGAUUCGAUGAAUGAAAACUUUAAUAUGAAACAAGUUA